AUGACCAAUAAAGAAUUAUUAAAACAAGAACAGCAAGCCAAAAUCUAUGCUAGCCAACUAAUCAAAUCCCGCUCGGUCAAACCGGAAGGAGAGGAAUUAAGUUUCGGAGUUCAGGGAUUUUGGCAAGAAAUGGUGCUAACUUAUUUAAAAGAUAAAGCCCUUAAUUUUGUCGGAACUACUUUAAAAGAAUUAGCUAUUAACCAUUUACAAGAUAUUUACCAGUUAGAAAAUAGCACCGACUUAAAACUGUUAAACCAAGCCCAAGAUAAGCAAAAAGAACUCCAAGAGGCUUUGGAUAAUAUUAUUGCCUUAUUAGGUAAAAAAGAAAUCAAAAACUUAAAAGAUAUCCGGAAACUAUUAGCCGGUAAAUCUUUAAAAGAAUUGAUAAAUACUAAUACUCUUUAUAGUCAAAAAAUAACUGAUUUAGAGAAUUCUUUAUUAGAUUUAGGCAAAAGCAAACUAAAAGGGAAGCAGGAAUAUUUAAAGUUAGUCGAACAGUUAGAGCAAAAUUAUAAAGAAAAGGAACAAGCCUGA